AACGCCUCCUUGUCGGUUCCAAAGUGCAACUAACGAGAAGUUCGCUAACGAAAGUGCAGGUCAGAGAAUAUUUUACCGGACAACUUGCACCUCGCAGUUUGAUUCCCCUGCCUGUUCCAUAUCUGCGGUUCGGUAACAGAACAUUAACAUUAAUGUGACCAAAACGUUUGGUGAGUUUUCUGCAAAAAAACAAAAUGAGUCGAAGAGGAGAAACAACCGAGGAAACCUCCAGAGCUUCACUUUCCUCCCAGACUAACGCUGAAGACCAACCAAAGAGGAUGAAAAUCAUUUACAUCGUCUACCUCAUCGCUGCUUUGGAUAUCACGUGGAUGUUUUUACAGUUUUCUGUAACUCCUUAUUUGGCAAGGAAACUUGGCUUCAACACCUUGUGGUUUGGUUAUUUGCAAACUAUGGUAGGUGUAAUCCAGCUGGUUGGGGGGCCAAUGUUUGGAAGGUUUGGAGAUAUCUUCGGAGCACGAGCGGCCUUGUCUCUGGCAUGUUCUGCAACAGUUGUUUUCUUUCUGCUGCUGGCCAUAGCAGACCAUCCUGCCAUGCUGUUUGUCCACAAACUCCCCACAGUCUUCAUGCAUGUCCUGCCUGCAUCUCAGAUGGUCGUUGCAGACCUUUCAGAACCUGAAAAACGGGCAGAUGCUUUAUCCAAACUAGGCCUGUGUUUUGGCAUCGGUAUGAUAGCUGGCUCCACGUUGGGCGGCCAUCUUAACACACGUUAUGGGGAGACAUUUACUGCUUGUUUUGGUGCUGUGGGGAGUGCCUUCAGUUUACUGUUGGUUUUAAAGUUCAUCCCGAAAACUACCAAAGCUCAAGCUCCAACAACCAACACAGACAAUGCGAACAGAAGCAGGUCAAUAUUCAACGUGGGAGAAAUCACAAGACUGAUGAAGUUUCAGGGUGUGGCGCCGACUUUUCUUGUGAAGAUAGUUGCGGGUUUGCCAUCAGGCAUAUUUCAAGUUAUGUUCUCCAUCAUUGCGUUGGACUUCUUCAAGCUGGAACCUGAGCAAAAUGGCUAUCUGAUGGCUUAUUUUGGCAUAGUCCAAAUGGUUAUUCAAGGAGGAGUGAUCGGUCGGCUUACAGCGACAUACUCUGAGAACUCGCUGCUGCUUCUGUCCAUCGGAGUUUCUUCUUUGGUGGGACUGGCUCAGGCUUACAUGCAGAAUGUGUUCCAGUUCUGCCUCAUCGUCCUGCCGAUGAUGUUUUCUCUCAGUGUGUUUAAUGUCAUCACAGACAGCAUGCUCACCAAAAGCGUACCGUCCUCUGACACAGGCACAAUGAUGGGACUGUGUUCAUCUGUCCAAUCUCUGCUUCGCACAGUCGGACCGACUGCUGGCGGCUUCCUGUAUAUGAACUACGGCAUUUCCUCUAUAGGUUUAAUCCAGUUUGUUGUAAAUAUUGCUGUGUUCGUGCACCUGCUGCAGCGUCGCCUCAAAAAGACAGCUGAGCAAAAGCAAUGAAAAUGUUAGCCUUGGAAAAGUUUCUCUCCAUCUCCAGUUUUUUGAAAAACUAAUAGAGGGGAUGUAAAUCAGUGUUUGUCAUUUCUACAUAUUUUUUAAAGAACUCUGCUGCAGCCGUUUACAUGAUGAGAUAAGGUCAAGUCUAUCAGUUCAUCUGUCAUGGUGGUGGUGGUGGUGGUAUGGACUCAACCACUAGAUGGCAGCGUAUGCUUCUUUACCUGAUGAUAAUAUUUUCCAGGGUUCCUCCCUUCAUAUUCACAUUAAGGUUACAUUUUAAAAUCAGUUUGAUGAGAUUUUAUUACACCAAUAAAUCGUUAAAAAAGAUUCAAUAUUGGACCAAUCAACAUCACUCAUAACUGAACAGAACAAAUUAUAUAAGAAAAAAAUGUAAGUACUUGUGAAGAUUUAUUUUCUUAUUUGUCAUUGUUUUUCAUUAAAUGUUUUCAAUUUUUGUUUUUUGUACAUUCAUUAAUUUAACACAGCAGUAGUUCCCUUUGCCUUAAAAAGCUGCUGCUUAGAUGAGAGAGAAGAGAAUAAAUCUGUGGCAGAAACACAUAAUAUAUCUGUAAUUAAAAUAGUCAUACAGUAUAUAAAUAUAAUAAAUAUUCAGCCACUUCA